AUGAACACCGCCCCGCGCAAGACGUUCACCAUCGGAACGCGCAAAUCGAACCUCGCUGUUCUACAGACAGAGAUCGUACGAAAUGCUCUGAUAGCGAGAUGGCCAGACUGCCAAUUCAAUGUUCACACUCGCGAUGCUGCCGGCGAUCUGAACAAGGUUACCCCGCUUCGAGAGCUCACGUCGAAGAAUCUAUGGACAGAGGAGCUGGAGGAGAUGCUGCUGGCGAAGGAGCUAGACCUUGUGGUGCAUUCUUUGAAAGAUGUUCCCACGCAGAUUCCCGAAGCCUGCAAGCUGGGUGCCUUCAUGAAACGUGAAGAUCCCAGAGACGCUCUGGUGGUGAAAAAGGGCCAGCCAAAGACAACACUUGCGGAGCUGCCGGCAGGUUCGGUGGUUGGAACGUCCUCCGUCCGUCGUACAGCACAGAUCGGCCGUCAUUAUCCACAUCUCAAGGUCAUUGAUGUACGAGGUAACAUCGAUACCCGUUUGGCCAAGCUGGAUGCGGAAGACGGCCCGUUUACGUGUAUCAUACUUGCAGCCGCGGGAUUGCUGAGGACAGGCUAUGAAGAUCGCAUUUCGCAGUAUCUCGACUCCAAAAAUGGGAAGAUGCUACAUGCUGUGGGCCAGGGGGCGCUUGGGGUUGAAAUCCGGGCUGACGACGAGAAAAUGGUUGAGAUGCUGCGUGAGAUUGGAGAUCAGAAAACGACAUUUGCUUGUUUGGCUGAAAGGAACCUGCUGCGGACGCUUGAAGGCGGAUGCAGUGCUCCCCUUGGCGUUGAAACUGAAUGGGUUCCGGACGCGAGUGACGCGAGUGGGAAGGGCGAGUUGCUGAGACUUCGAUGCAUUGUCACCAGCGUAGAUGGCAGGGAGGCUGUGGAAGUCGAGAAGGACUGUGGUGUUCAGACGCCAGAGCAAGCUGAGGCGUUCGGCAAGGCCGUUGCAGAUGAGAUGGUCGAGCAAGGGGCAGGCAAGAUCUUAGAGGUCAUCCAGCAGAAGAAGAAAGCAUGGUGA